UAUGUAUGUAGGUACUGUGUGUUUUUGUGUAUGGUUUACUGGUUGGGCUGUUAAUUGGCCCCAAAAGCUAUUUAUAGUUUUUGUUUGCUGUCUAUUUAUAUUAGUUUUUGUUUAUAUUUUUUAAUUGUUAUUGCUCCACCCACUUAGUUUGUAUAGUACCCUUACAGUGUUGCAAGUUUUUCUUUUAAAAUUUAAAUACAUAUUAUGCAUUUUCCUUCACACUUUUGCCGUGUAAGUCAUUCGAAUUGGAAUUAAGUAGGUAUAUAUGUACAUAUGUAUAUAGGUUGUCGAGGAAAUGGAAAUAAUCUUGAGCUUGAAAACGUCUAGAAAUUUAAGAACAUAAGGUUAUGUUGCAGAAAACUUCUCUAACCAAAAACUACCUCCAAAAAUCGAUUUUUCUAAAGCGAUUAAGAAAAUAUAAAUAGUUAAGUUCUACUAUAUGAUGCCCGCCUAUAAUGUGUUGUUUAACAACAUAUAUCUUUCUUUCGAAAGAAAAAGCUUUCGAAACACAAUGUAUUUAACAUACAAAUUUGAAAUUUUUUUCUUUCGAAUCGCGUUACAGAGUAACCCCUCAGAACUAUCGGACGGCAGACAUCGUUAAAUCGGAUUACUUUAGCUACUCAUUAUAUAUCCUUUUCAUUACUUUUUGUGAAAUAAGCUAUGUCUUUAUAUGCCAUUAAUUACCAAGAUAAUUUAGUCUUUAUUGGAAUCAAUUCGAUUGCAUUGAAUGUUUUUGAAUUACAAGCAAAAUCUAUUCUAAUCUAUUCUAAAUUGAAUAGAAGAUUGAAAAAUAGUUUAAUUUAAAAAGAGAUUUAAGGAAGUAGACAUAAAAUUAUGUAUUCUAUUUUUUAUUUUCCAUUUGUUUAAACAAUAUCUGCUAUAUAAAGCAUUUCCUCUGUAUUCUAUUAUUAAUUGAUAAAAUGCCAAUUUGUAUACAUUAACUAAAUAAAAAAAAUAAAUUAAAUUAAAAACUGUUAACGAAUUUGUUGUUAUCUAUAAAUUGGGGUCACGCUUCGUUGCGUUUCGCAUACCGUGUGAACGCAAUUGAUUAUUGCUUUUUAUUUCUAACUUUUAGUUAAGUUUUUUAAUUAUUUUUGGAAAAUUUCAAAAGGCAAUUGACUCUUGCUGAAAUUGAAAAAGAAGAUUUAUAUCAAUUGUUUUUUGUUUUAGUUUUGCAAAUGUAUAAAGUAAAUCAAAUGAAAACUUUUUGAUUUAUUAUUGAAAAAGGCACAAUGAAGUAAUUUUUCUUACAGUGUACAAAAACAUGCCGUUUGUUCAUGCAUACAUAGCCGACGGCGUACAAUCGUACAGAAAUAGUUCAUAUUUAUUUAGUUUUAUUUUUUUCAAAACUCAUUUCGGUGUUAUAAUUUUUUUUCUUUACGCUAUUUAGGCUUAUCUUGGCGUCUACAUUUCAGAUUAAAUACAUAAAUUAAUAUAAUCUUAUGAAGAUUCUCCCAAAAAUAUGGAAAAUAAAACAGAAAAAAUGUCUGUUGACAAGGAGGAACUUAGAAAACGUUUAACACCUUUACAAUAUCAAGUUACACAAGAAGCUGCUACCGAAAGACCUUUUACAGGCUGUUACAAUAAACACUAUGAAAAGGGCGUUUAUCAAUGUAUAGUUUGUCACCAGGAUCUAUUUAGUUCGGAUACAAAAUAUGAUUCUGGUUGUGGUUGGCCUGCUUUCAAUGAUGUCUUAGAUAAAGGCAAAGUUACUUUACAUCGUGAUGCCAGUAUACCAGUAGUCAUUUCAAAAAUGCUAGGCAUGGUACGCACCGAAGUGCGUUGUUCCAAAUGCAGUGCUCAUAUGGGUCAUGUAUUUGAUGAUGGUCCGCCACCGAAAUAUCUACGUUAUUGCAUCAAUUCUGCCUCAAUUGACUUUGUACCGCUAACGCAACAAAAUCCACAAAUGCCAACAAAGUCAACAAUCAACCAACAGGCUGGAUCGAAUACACAAACAAAACCAAACGCCUCCUCCGCCUCUGCCUCCUCCACUAGUACAAUUCAACAAAAUAAAAAAUAAGUGAAAAUACAAUUUUCAAUUUCAAUAUUAAAAUGUAUAAUAAUUAUUAUUAUUAUUAUUACUAUUAUAAUAACAACUAUUAUUGUAGUUUGAAGAAAAGAGAUAUUUUGAAAAUAAUUAAACAAAUUAUGCAAUAAAAUUUGCCAUUUCAAAAAGCUUAUUUCUUUAAUAUGCAUUUUCAAAAACAUUUUUGGUUUUUGUGUCUCAUCAAUUGUGUCUUAGGAAUAAUUCAUAUUCACAUUCAUUACCAUUUUCAUUUAAUACAAAACGCUUUAAUUUGGUGGUGUCAUGCUCAGCAUUCAAUUGCGUUUCAUUAAUAAAUAUUUGUGUGUUUUAUUUUGUUUUUAAAAUUGUAUAGUAAUUAGAUACAUAUCAAAGAAUAUAGACGUUUUGUUUUCUCUUUAAAUUCAUGUUGUUUGUUAAGUGUUUUUUCUUUAAGUUUAAUUUGCAUUUUAAAAUUUUGCUUAAGCUCGAUUUUUUUUGUUUGAUUAUAGAAUUUACUGCAGUAACAAGAUAAGCCACAAGAAAUUAAUUUUAAUUGUUAUUUUUGGACAUUUAGGUAAUAAUAUUUCAUAUAUCUAAUUUGUAAAUUUAAAAUUUUGUUCUAAAUUUUGAGGUUGUUUUUCUUUCUUUUAUUAUUUUAUGGCUUAUUGAGUUAUUGCAGUAAAUACUUAAUUAUUUAUGUUGUUUUUAAUGAAAUUUUUAAUUAAUAUUUUAAGAUUUUAAAGAAAUUUUAAUUCAUUUUAACAAUCGCUUGUUGUUAACAGAUAGUUGGUUAAAGCAAAGAUAAUUAAAAUUAAUCACUAAAAAAGUUUGUAAAUUUUGAUCUAUUUCUUUAAACAUUGUAGCGGUUCCCAAAACUGUAUUCCAUUCUGCUAUCUGUAUAACAAAAAAAAAAAAAAAAAAAAAAUCCAUACAAUUUGGAAAAAUUUCUUUCCCAAGGUGGAAAUCGAACUCGAGCCUUAAAUAAAUUAUUAAUUUAAUACUAAAACAUAUAGUUUGACUAAAAUUAAGAAAGUUAUUAUAAAAGAAGGCUUAGUUGUACCAGAAAAAUGUUAUAUAUUUGUAGCCAUUUCUUUAAAAUCUUAAAAUAAUUCUUAAUAAUCUUGUUACGGUUAAUUUUUUUUUUAAUUUUUAACAUUUUCCCUAAAAUCUUAAAAAAAAACUAUUAACAAAUUUCCCUUUUAAAUAAAUUACUACAAAAACUUAAACAUAUAAAUAUAAAUAUAAUUUUAGUUAUUUAGUAAAUUAGUAUAUAAAACCAAGAAAUGAUAAAUGACAAUAUAAAUAAUGAAUUAUUCUUUUUUUUUUUGUAUAUUUUCUAUUUCUUUUUUCUUGCUUUUUAUAUAAAUGUGCCUGUUUUUUGGGGGUUUAACACAAAAACAACAUUAAAAUAAAUCUAAAAAAAAAACAAAAA